UUGCGAACAUCGGCUUUUCAGUUUCUCGACGGAUGUCCGACGUGCAACACCGUGCGUGCUUGUUUGAAAACCAGUCUCUUGGAGGCGCAUUUGUUUGAAGUGUAACGGUGCGUUAGGAUAUAGUAGUUUCUUGAGGAUCUCCUGCAACUAGCGUGAUUUUGUUUAGAAAAAGGGAUUGUUUGUGUUUUUUUGCUCAAAGUUCUCCAUCAAUCAAUCACACUGAUAAAACAACCGGACAUCAGAAGAAGCUGGAGUGAACGAUGGUACAGACGGUGCUGAAGCGGAGGGCCGUAUCGUGCCGUAUCAUUCACAGCAUAGUUUUCCGUACAAAAAAGAAACAAAGUGUGCAGAUCAGGGCAGCAAAAGAAACCAUAUUUUCUUAAUUCAACUAUUGUGUCCCACAAGGGACGGAAACAACAUGUCGGACGCGGAAGAAAGGGAACCACUGAUAACGCCAGCCAUACCGUCAAAUCGGUCCGGCUAUGGGACCGGUGAAAAUGCGCGCGACGCAAUGUCAAAGUUUGUGGUGAACAAUGUGGCGGGUGAAUCGGGUCGCAAGCUGCCACAGUAUAUUGCCGGUUUGGCUGCAUCCGGCGGUGCACUGGCUGCUGGUACAUUUCUUGGCUGGACGGCACCAACCGACAAACCGCUAACCGAGCAGGGCGAGUAUGGGUUCCCGAUCUCGGACGAACAGUUCUCGUGGAUCGGUUCAAUCUCGAACCUGGGCGCAGCCUUGAUGUGUUUCCCGAUCGGCUACAUGAUGAAAAUGAUUGGCCGCAAAUGGUCGAUGCUGGCGAUGGUGUUACCGCUCGUGCUGGGCUGGCUGCUGAUUAUCUUCGCGGAAAAUGUCGGCAUGAUGAUGGUGGGACGGUUUUUCCUCGGUGUCGGUGGUGGUGCGUUCUGUGUUGCGGCACCCACGUACACGGCGGAAAUUGCCCAACCGUCCAUUCGCGGGACGCUCGGUACAUUCUUCCAGCUGAUGGUAACGGUUGGCAUCCUGUUCGUGUAUGCGGUCGGGUCCGGUGUGGAUGUGCAGGUGCUCAGCAUUAUCUGCGGUGUGAUACCGCUCGCGUUCGGGGCUAUCUUUUUCUUCAUGCCGGAAAGCCCGUACUAUUUCGUGGAAAAGGGCCGCUACAGUGAAGCAUCAAGCUCGCUAAAAUGGCUCCGUGGCGCACAGUACGAUGAGGCAGCAGAGAUAGAGGAUUUGAAGCAGGCGGACGAAAAAGUGAAGUCGGAAGCAAUCCCGAUGCUGGUCGCGUUCCGCGAGAAGGCAACGAUCCGCGCACUGAUUAUUUCGCUCGGGCUAAUGUUUUUUCAGCAGCUGUCCGGUAUCAAUGCGGUGAUUUUCUACAAUUCGGCCAUUUUUGCCAGUGCCAACGGUGGCAAGGAGAUGAGCUCGGCAUCGAUCAUUGUUGGUGGCAUUCAGGUGGUGGCCACCCUGGUGGCGUCUGCCGUGGUGGACAAGGUUGGCCGACGUAUACUGCUGCUCGUGUCCGAUCUGAUGAUGGCCGUUUCGACGAUUCUGCUAGCGGUUUACUUCCAGCUGAAGCAGGACGAUCCGGCCAAGGUGGACGAUCUGAGCUGGUUGGCUGUGAUGUCCGUCUGUCUGUUUAUUGCGAUGUUCUCGAUCGGUUACGGUCCUGUUCCGUGGCUUAUGGUGGGUGAACUGUUUGCCAACAAUGUGAAAGCAUUCGCCAGUCCGGUGGCGGGUGUAUUUAAUUGGCUGCUUGCCUUCCUGGUGACGAAAGUGUUUACCAACCUGAAGGAUGCGAUGGGUGAGGCUGGUGUGUUUUGGCUAUUCUCGGGCAUUUCACUGCUCGGUACGGUGUUCGUGUUUGUGAUGGUACCGGAAACGAAGGGUAAAUCGUUGAGCGACAUUCAACGGUUACUGGCCGGCGAGAAGCUAAGCACGGAGCAGGUUAGCGCGGAAGCCCGGGAAGAGGAACGGGACCCACAGGUAGCAUAAGACUGUACGCACUUGCCCCCCCGCCCCUGGAAGGGUUGUUUUUUGUUUGUUUUGGUAGUAUACAUCACGACGUGCGGUAUGAUUUGUUUUAUUUUUAUUUUUGCUUGCGAAACGUCGUGCUCUAAUCGUUGUGAUAAAACAAAGGCAGCAGGCUCGAGCUGCGGGCUGGAAAGGUUCAAAGUAGUUGCUAGCUCUAGCAACAGGCAUCUAAUGAUCAGCAGUGACUGAGCAGUACGGUAUUUUAUUGAAUAGCUUAAACCACUAGGAAGUUGUGUAUCAAUUAUAUUGAGAGUACGUUAAUAAAAAAAAACAAUGUGUAAUUUAAAUUAA